AUGGAAGGUGAAGUAAAUAAUAUUCAAAAUACAAUAAACGGACAAAAUGUUCCUGUUAUAGAACCAGAAGUGAUUAAAUGGAAACCAAGGUAUGAAACGGAUUUUGAUAGUGAGGAACAGGCAUAUGAUUUUUACAAUGCAUAUGGUGGUGGAAUUGGUUUUAGCAUCCGAAAGGAGUAUGGAAAUAAAGUUAGUGGAAGAAUUACAUCAAGGGCAUUAGUUUGUAGUAACCACAUGAUGCCGUCCCAGCGACGAAUUUCCUUAGUCCAGGCCAUUGAUGUUGAGUUGGAUUUGGAUUCAGGAGUUCCAACUUGUAAUGCAUAUGAGUUGAUGGGAAGGCAAUUUAGUGGCAAAGAAUCAGUUGGGUAUUUGAAAGUGGAUCUUAAAAAUUAUCUAAGGACGUGA